CUCUCUGUUCAAAAAUGGCGAGAGAUAUUGUUCGCUUGUAAUUCCAUGAUUUAUUGCAUAUAAUAUAAAUGAAUACAAUUGGUGUUCAAUUGGAGGAUAGUUUAGCAACUGCAUUAAUCGAUUCAUACACAAAAUGUGGUUCCGUUGGUAGGCAUUUGAGCUGUUUAAUUUCUUGAGAAGCAAAACAUGUAAUUCAUAUGGUGCGAUGGUUUUAGGUUGUUUAACGUUAAUAGAAAACUCCUGAUGCAAUCAAGCUGUUUGAAAAGAUGUUAGAAGCUAAAAUUCAACCAAUUGAAAUUACGUUUUCCGGGAUCGUAACUGCUUAUGUGGGUGCUGGUUUGGUCGAAGAAGGUAACAGAUGCUUCGAUCCAAUGAAGACUGUCUAUGGAAUGAUGCUUCUAAAACAAGUGGGCUUUAUUCUCUUUUGGGGUAUCUAUGCUUCUGAACAGAUAUGGGAUGAUGCUUUGAUACAAAGAAUAAUGACGAUGGAAUUGUAGGGAUUAACCAAGAUUAUGGUACCAGGAUGCAGCUGGAGCCUAGGUUGCAAUGCCGACCUUGAGAGUUUGUAGCUCUCAUUUGCAUUUGGUUUGAACUUGAUUCGGUAUUCUCUUAUGCUAACUUAUAUUAGAAUUUUGGUGGAGGAAUGGAUUGAUGGUGGCAUCUGGAAGGGUUCAACUUGAAAGACUGCUGAGAUCCUAAUGGGAUGGUAACAUGCUUCUGAGUUUCGAUCUCCUGCCAAGUAGAGAGAAAGAAAAAUUAAGCAGAGGGUUUCUUCAGCUAGACAAAAAGCUAAACUUCCAAUUCCUUCUUCUUUACCUUCUUCGUCGUCAAAUAGCAGAAGAAGAAAGCUUGCAGCAACACCACGGUUAUCAAAACCUCCCCCUAAACCAACUGGAAUUAUACACCGUUGCAAAUCGGAACCGAAUCUUUGGAGUGUUGGUAUUGCUUUUGGUAAUGGGAUUACUAGUUAUCCUGAAAUGCAUCGGCCCCUUACGUGCACGGAUGUUUUUGCGUCGCCCUUUACGUCUUCGUUGAAUUCUGAGAAAUAUGAGAAGGAUGCGAAAGUUAUAGUCAAUGUAACAGUUGAAGGUAGUCCUGGACCAGUCCGGGCUUUGGUCCGAUUAGGAGCCAGUGUUGAGGAAACGAUUAAACUUGUUGUGGAUAGAUAUAGCGACGAGGGAAGGCGGCCCUACUUGGAUCAGAAGACAGCAGUAACUGAUUUUGAGUUACAUCAUUCCCACUUCAGUCUUGAAAGUAUAAAUAAGACGCUGAAGAUAGGAGAUGCUGGAAGCAGAAGCUUUUAUUUACGAACUAACAGCAAUAGCCGUAGCAGUAGCUUUACUUACAAUGACGGUGACAGACCAGCUGAUCAUACAAGACUUCUGCUUCCUUACUCCCACUCUGCCCCAGAAGUUGUUCCUUCAAGUUCGAACCAGACCAUCCAUGUUUCACCACCCUUUCUUCUUUUCUCUUCACUUGUAGCACGAACAUUUAAUAAAUUUGGAAGAAGGUCGAUAAAGCUUUGGAAGGUCUUCCUCGGUUGUAUGUAUAGUCGAUAACCACCACUUCCAUCGAUCUCGCAUCUUAUAUCCUGGGAUAUUUUUAGUCACCCCUUAUUUAUGUAUAGUCCAACUUUACAAAACAAAUAGCUGUAGAAAUAUUAUUUACUGUCAUUUCAUCGCAUGUAUUAAGCAAGCCUUCACAAAUUUAAGGGAUGAUAUAUUUUGUUAUUAUUUCCGGUUGUUGUGUUGAGA